AACGUGCUCCGAAACGAUGACGUAUAUUUUCAGUGAACCACUGCUCCGGAAGUGCUCUCUCUUGACCUGUCCGGGACUUAUUGUUCUUUAACUUCUUUCGUUUUUCCUUCUCACCAAACGAGCCCCCUCCAAGUAUUCUCAUCGGAGUCCCGCAGACGUCACUAUUAAAAAGCUUCACCUUCAGAAGCACGAUCCCCUCCAUGUUAAACGGGAGGAGUCGGAGAUGCCGUACAUCAAACUGGAGGAGGAGCCAGAGACCCCCAGCAUUAAAGAAGAAGAAGAGGAAGAUGAAAUCACUAAGUAUCCAAUUACUGUCUGUGUGAAGAGUGAAGACGACGAAGGUUCAAGCGAAGAGAGCGGAGCAGAGGAACCUUCGUGCGACGGCUCAUUUCAACACCUGACAACAAAAGGAGAGGGACAAUCGCACCAUGAAGACGCUGGAAACUCAUUGGAUGUGUUGCAUAAAAGCCGUUAUGUGGAAAAGCUUCAGUCGAUCCAGUCGCCAGAUCCAUAUUUGAUGCCCAAAUCGAUGUUUUUCGACCCGCUGUCUUCGCCGUCUCUGCCUGACAUCUCCUACCCUGAUAUCUACAACUAUCUUGUCCACACGAAGUCGGCCUAUUCUCACGAAAGUUUGAAAAACUUGAAGAGCUUGGAGGCAUAUAAACACUUCGUUGCUGGUUGGGUAAAACAGGUCCUCGUCCACAAGAAUUCGGCAGGGAUCUAUCUUGUGCUCGGGAAGGUAGUUCAUUCACAACAUCUGAGUGAGACGCCUCAAUCACCCUGGUUUGCUGCUCAGCCCUCAGGAACAAUCUUGUGUGGACAUUGCACCUGCAUGGCUGGUUUGGGUGAAACAUGUUCACAUGUCACUUCUGUAAUGUUUGCUGUAGAAACGGCUGUAAAGAUGAAAAAUGACACUACCAGCACUUCAGUUUCUUGUAGCUGGCAAGCCCCUUCACAAACCCAAAAUGUUGAGUAUUCCAGAUCAUCAGACAUGGACUUAACAAGCCCACCAGCAAAAAAGCGGAAAUGUGCUGGGGAGUCUGUUACGUCAGUAACCCCAGGUGAACAGGAACUGCAACCCCCUCAGGAUUAUACUGACUUUUACCGAAAAUUGCACUUUUCUGGUGUCAAGCCAGUGGUACUGUCAGUCUUACCCGAUUACUGUGAGGAGUUUGUCCCCAAGACUGUUAAGUUGGGCUUGCCGAAACCAAUGUCUUCCGUCUUCAUGGAGACACAUGUGUCUAAGUCAUUGGAUGAACUUACAGCGGAAGCUAGUACAGAUGAUUCUCAGAUCAGUGCCGUAAAACAGAUGACUAGAGAACAGUCAACUACAAAAUCCCGGUUUUUGAAUCGGGCCGGCCGUAUUACAGCUAGUAACUUUAAAGCUGCAUCUCGGACAGAGAUAGAAAAUCCCUCCAACUCACUGAUUCAGAGGGUAUGCUACCCUGAUACAUUCAAAUUCACAACAGAGGCUACAAGGUAUGGAUGCAGUCAUGAAUGGAAAGUGAGGAAAGACUAUGAAAUGAUCACUAAGCCAAAACAAAGAGACAUGAAAGUGACAGAGAGUGGAAUCUACAUCCAUAAGGAGUUUCCUUACUUAGAUUCAACAAUCGAAAGUGCAGUGCAAGAUAAAAAUGUCUGCAUAGAGUCUGUUGAUGGGCAUUUCGGAUGGAAAGCAGACCAUACAUACUCGUACCAGAUCGAGUGUCAGCCUGGUGUGACUGGCCGGUGCUACCAGGACCGGAGUUUGUUGACAGACGCCACAGUGGAAAAUCUUCACCUGGAGAAGCACUAUCCCCCUGACGUUAAACAGGAGGAGUUGGAGAUGCUGUACAUCAAACAGGAGGCGGAGCCAGAGACCCGCGGCAUUAAAGAAGAACAGGAAGAUGAAAUCUGCAAGUUUCCAAGGACUGUUAGUGUGGAGAGUGAAGAAGAUAACGGUCCGAGCCAAGCAUCAAAACUAGCUAGCAGUAGCUUGUUUCAGCACCUGCCAACGAGAGGUGAGGGACGAUCGCCACCGGACGACCUCUUAAAGCCACUGUCGGACAGCGACGACUUAACAUCACACUCUUCUGACUUCAACACGGAUGAGGAGGAUGUUGACUUCAAUGCUUCGAAAUCCUUAAACAAGUCAUCACUGCAAAGACACACAAAAGAAUACUCGGGUGGGAAACCUCUUUCCUGCUCACAUUGCGAUAAAACAUUCACUACCAAGGAAUAUUUAAUGAAACACAUGUAUACACACACGGGAGGAAAGCCUUUUCUCUGCACAUUUUGUGGUAAAAGAUUCAACAGGAGGGGAAAUCUUAAUAGACACACCAAAAAACACACUGGGGAGAAGCCUCAUGUCUGCUCAUUUUGCGAUAAAGGAUUUAUUGAAAAGCAAGGCUUGAUAAGGCACGCGAGUACACACAGUGGAUUAAAGCCUUUUGUCUGCACAUCAUGUGGUAAAAGAUUCCGAGAAAAAAGAGAUUUAAACAAUCAUACAAUAACACACACUGGGGAGAAGCCUUUUGUCUGCUCUCCUUGCAAUAAAACAUUUGUUUCGAAGCGAGCGUUGAUAAAUCACACAAGUACACACAAUGGAGAAAAGCCAUUUUUCUGCACACUUUGUGGUAAAAGAUUCACCCAGAAGGGAAGUUUAAAUGUACACAAAAGAACACACGCCGGAGAGAAGCCUUUCGUCUGCUCUCUUUGCGAUAAAAGAUUUUUUAGCAAGAAUGAGUUAACAAGACACGCAUGUAAACACACUGGAGAAAAGCCUUAUGUCUGCACGUUAUGUGAUAAAAGAUAUCGUAUGAAGCAUGAGUUAACAAGACAUGCGUGUAUACACGCCAAGUGAAAGGUUCACCCGGAAGCAAGAAUGAAAAUAUUCCAAAAGAAAACACCAAGGAGAAACCUUUCACCUUCACCGUGUGCUGUAACAGGGUACCUGCGGGUUAUUAGAAGUAUUAAAAAAGCAUUGAAUUUAGUUUUCCAUUAUUACAGGUAUUAAAAGUAUUAAAUUAGCUGUUGUAAGUCUGGAAUUUUUUCACCGUGGUCUUAAUUUUCAAGAACAUCUCAGUGCAACCUAAAUUAUAUCCGUGACGAAGUUGUUGUUUUUUUAAAAUCCAUAACGAAGAUAACGCAUAGAAUUUUUACGAUGCACUGCACUACCAAUUGAAAUGCAACUCGUGCGUGCCAAACCACCACAACCGGCAAAACUGAGAAUCCACCCACCUCUGCAUCGGGAAUGCGUGGAACGAAAACCCUGCAGGCAGAAGUAUUGUGGAUUCUGAACACCAAAACAGACCACCAUUCAUAUACUUCAAAUGAGUCCAUUGGUGAUCUGUUUAGGAUAUUACGUCAUUUUUGGUCGGCAUCGGCUGUCACAAUGUUGGUCAUAUUGCGUUUUGUUCAAGGGAGCGUUCCCGAUGUCUUAACUGUCUUUUGUAACAAAUUUCAGUUGGCAGAAAAAACGCACAUUUUCUUAAUGUUUAAAUAGUCUACAUAUUUUUAUGAUUAUAAAUGCAUUUACACAAUGAAAUAACGGGAGAAAAGUUUGUUAAACAGAAUGUUGGUCAAAUCGUGUUUUUUUCCGGAGGGAGCAUUCCCGACUUCGUAACUGCAGUCAAUUUAAGCUCAUCAAGACUUUAAGAUAGAGGUAAAAUUGGGCCUAAAAAAUUCAGCCUGACCCGAACUGGUCCGCGGGUAUUAAAGCCCGACCCGCGUUUUGUGUAACAUUUGUGACGAUGUCUGCAUAAAAGCCUGUCUUUUGUAACGAAUUCUCAGUUGGCAGAAAAAAAACGCACAUUAUUUUAAUGUUUAAAUAGACUACAUAUUUUUAUGAUCAUUAUAAAUUUAUUUACACAACGAAAUAACGCUGGAAAAGUUUGUUAAAUAUAAAUAAACAGGUGCGGUUUUGCGGAUUCGCAGAGGGGAAGAUUAAAAAAGGCGUAUAGGCACGCUCUGGCUCUGCAAUGACCACACAGCGCCUUCUUUUUUUUAAUCCAAAUUAUUUAUUUUAUAACAAGUAUUCCUUAGUUUAUCAUUCAUACAUCGUUAAUAUAUAGUUAUUUCAAAAAGUUGGCGAGAAAGAACCCUGGCCUGGCCCGAAGUAGUAAUUGACAUUUUAAUUUUGGUCAUGUUUUCAGUUUAAUUUGGCUGUUUCCAGCUUGCUACGUUUAUAAUUGAGAUGUUUGUUUACGGAUUUUCCUCUUACUGCGAAGAGGGAGGAAGUUACAUCGGCCGCCGCUAUGAUAUUUAAGUCAUCAGCCAUCUGCUGUGACCCAGGAAUUUAACGCCUGCUUUCACGCACACUGCUUCCCAUGUCAGUCAACACGGGAAAUUGUUUUCCCACACAACUGCUGCACGGUUAAGUCCCGCGAUAUUCCCGUUGUUUUGAAGUAUGUGAUAGGGGCUCAAGUUACAUCCAGAUACUUUAGCUUGCAGUUUAUGUGUCAUGCGAAGGUAGUGGAUCUGCUUGAUCAUUUCGGUUUGCCUUUCGAAUGAGUGUGAAUUUCGCCGUUUUAACUCGAGUUAGCCAUGUUCACUGGGGUCUUGGCAGGUGCACUAGCGGCUAGCCUGUUACAGAAGAUGGCUGGUCUGAGUCCUGUCCUCCUCCUCUUUUUGUCUUAUUGUGUGCGUGUGUGUGUUUUAAAAAAAAUCUGACAGACUUUAUAAUGUUACUUUAAAUGUGUUUUAAUUGUAUCUUUAAUAUAUGUGCAUUCUUUUGUCAAACACACUGAGUAAUUGAGGUUAAAUUUGAUGUUCAGUGCUUUAUUUAAUAUGAUUCAAUAUGAUCUAAAUAAUGGGUGCAAGAAAAGUAUUAAUUUUCAGUUGAAAUGGCAUUAAAAAAGGUCUUAAAAGUCUUGAAUUUAGAUUUAUCAAUUCUGGGGGGACCCUGUGUAAAAACCUCAAUUCUUUACACUCUAAAAGUUCAACGUUUGCUUUUUUGUCAAUUCUAUCACAUGUACAAGGACAGAGAAUUCAAAUUGCAUGACACACUAACCUCAGUGGCAAGUAAAAAAUGAAAUAAGUACAUAUAUAUAAAAAUAGACAACUGUACAGUCUGACAAUAUCUAUGAAACAAGACACAAUAUAAACAGGUGAAUGGAAAAGCUGACUGCAAUAGUGCAAAUGUAUUGUUCUAUAUACAUUUACUGUAUAUAUAUUAGGGUUGGGAAUCUGGCAUGAAGCCGAUUCGAUAUGUAACUAGAUACACAGGUUACGAUUUGAUUAAAAAAGGAUACAUUUUUAAGGCUGAGCGAUUCGAUACGAUUCGAUACAGUUUAAGAACGAUACGGUUCGAUACAGAGUGAAAACGAUAUGAUAGUGAACAUUUGUUGUGUGUGUUCGUUCAGUAUUUUAAAAAUAUAAAAAAGACCACAUUUUUUAAUAGCAAAAUUAACAAAAUUUCAUACUAAUGUUUUAUGAGAAAAAAAAUGAGGCUUACUAUAUGACCGUCAUUUUGUUUGAUGGGAUUGAUAAUACAAUAAAACUCCAGUCACAGACAACAAUAAAGUGCAGUAAUUCAAUUACUGUAUUUCCUGGUGUUUUUAACAUAAGAGGUAAGUAAUUUAAGUGCAAACUUUCAACGUAAACAUCUUACAAAAAAAAAAAAUUAAUUAUAUGCAGCAGCUCUUGAAAAAAAAAUUAAACCUGCUAGUGUUAUCAUAAAUAAAUAUUAAAUUAUGCUUUACGACUGGUAUAAUUGGGGGAAUAAAAACAUGGCAUUUUAAACAGGUCAAUAAUCAUUACUUUAAGCUAAUACACAGCAAAGUCAUUCACUUAUGCCUGUGCUUCCUCAUUUUUUAUUGCUCAUCACUGUCCAUAUCUUUGAAGGGCAGAUUUUUCUUGAUCAACUAAUCCUCAUGUUUAAGCAGACUGCGUUUCGUGGAAACAAUAUGCCGCCCUUUCCAGCAUUGUAGUGGGUUAUUUUUCAGGGUUAAAACUCGCGAUUUCUGUACCGCUCCACACUUCACACAAGCUCUGUCCCAUGCGAACAGAUCUGGCCGCCUUCAUCACUUCAAAGUCCGACUUUUGUUUUCCUGGGUGUGUUGGAAAUCAAUCACAGCACGUCGCUGCCGUCGGUGAUCACACUGUCCAUUGUUUUAGCAUGUUGCUUCGUUGCCACUACUAGUUUCGUUUUGGGCUGUGAAGAAAUUGCUACGGAGCGUGCGUUACAGUGGUUUCGUUAGCUCUCGCGUUGUUAUGGCACGCCCGUGACGAUGGGAUAAUGACGGCCACUAGUAGCGGUUCUGCCGAAAUGCAUGGAAAGUUGAGUUAACCACGACUGUGAGUAGUGCUUGUCCAUAUUAUAUCAUGCAUGCGGUCUCGAUCUCAGUGUGCGCUGUGUGGUGAAUGAGGCGCUCUUGUGUAAUUCACUGAAAGACACAAGCGCAGCAUGUGAAGUAAAAGCUAAAUUAUCAUACUAAGCAAUGCAUUGAACUAGGCAUUAGAAGCCGAUUCUUGUGCUCGCGAUAGCCGAAUUCUUUCUCUACUGUCGGUUCACUGAAUAUUUAAUGGCUAAUUAAUGUCGAAUGGUAACUUUACUAUCGAUACAUCUAUAUCUCUCACCUGGAAAACUGGAUAUCCGGUCGUAUCGGUUUAUCGUCCUCAAGCUUAAUAUAUAUAUAUAUAUACACACACACACACAUAUAUACAUACAUUCAUACAUACCAACAUGCAUGGUUGUGCAAAAAGGGAUGGUUAUACAGUAUAAAGUGACUAGAUGACUUUAUAAAUGUUAUAAGGGUAACUUAUAAAAUGACUAUAGUAAAGUGACUUGUGUAAAAUGACUGUUCCUUGUGAAGUGGGACUGGGAGUCAGAGUCCAGACGGAGUGGAUGUGAGGAGCGAGGGCAGAGCUCCCCACUAAUUGAGUUCUGAUGUAGAGGAAUAGUAGCUCUUUCAUUCAACACCAGAUAGCUGCACUGUCCCAUGAUCACCAAAUGAGUUUUCCUGAGCUGACUUGAAGUUAGAAAGUUGAAGUUCGCGUCAGUGGCAUCUUGCAUCUGCGAUGUUUCAUAUCACAUCUUUGCUGGAAUAAUAAAUUUUUCUCACAACUACAUCAACAAAGUGACAUCACAACGACAAGGAGGAUGUAGAACAUCAGUAGUAGAGGAUCUGGUCGAUCUGGCGAGUAGAAGCAGUGAAUUAGUGAUACCUCGCUACUUCGCGCCCUCAGUCCUUCGCAGAUUUUUUUCAAUUAAAAAAUAAAUCUAGAUGAGCUGUCCCGACCCAAUCGCGUAGUCUCCCUCUCCCUCCAGUUUGUUAAUUCACACAUCAUAUCAAGGAACUCACAAAACAUGGUCAUAUACUACUACAAACAGUUCAUCUGAUUAGAUGCGCAAAAGGGACACUCCAAAGAAGCUAUGUAAAGCUUUUAGUAGGAGCCCAGUUGGACAGCAUACACACACCCAUACAGUUAACUAUGGAAAAUUUCAACAUUCUGGCUACAUCGGAUUUGAUAUGAGACUUAGAAAUGUUAUUCAAAGAAUCAGAAUACAGUGGGGCAAAUAAAUAUUUAGUCAACCAUGAA